GGACGUAAAGACAGACAGUAAACCGAGGACGCGCUGGCCGCUGGACCCCGCUGCCUCCCCUUUCUCCCUGCUGCCUGUGUCCGGAGGAUGAGCCCAGCCUUCAGGACCAUGGACGUGGAGCCCCGCACCAAGGGCGUCCUGCUGGAGCCCUUUGUCCACCAGGUUGGGGGCCACUCGUGCGUUCUCCGAUUCAACGAGACAACUCUGUGCAAGCCCCUGGUUCCAAGGGAGCAUCAGUUCUACGAGACUCUCCCAGCUGAGAUGCGCAAAUUCACUCCCCAGUACAAAGGGACCAUCAAUUGCCAGCAUGGUGUGGUCUUUUCUGGGGAGUGGGGUAACCUUUUAUAAAUCAGAAGAGAACUCAUUAAGAAAUUAAUUUAAAAUGCGCAUUACCAGGUAUAAAGAAGACUAGAACAACUUAGAUUCCCCUGGGACAACUGAAACAGUGUUCUUUAAGACAGGGUGGACUGGGUCACCUCUCUCUACUUGGAAAUGCAUGUGGUGGGACUGGGGGUGUUGGGGACCCUCACUUGGUCCUUUUCUGUUAUUUUUUCCAGGACAAAGCCAAAGUUCCCUUGUUAGCUGGCCACCCCUGCCCCAUUUUUACCCCCUUGGUCCUUCCUUAUGCCCACAGGGAAGUGUGGUCCCCAGACACCCCCCUUCUCGCUCCUCUGCGCCCAGAGCUGGGGCCACCUCAGAAGUGUCGUCUCUCUCUGAGCAUUCAUUCCCCUGCAGCAAGCAAGCGGGCGGGCAGCAAAGACUGAGCAGAUUGAGUGAUCGUGGGGCAGAGAGGCCUAGGAGGAAAGGUGUUCAGCCAGUCGGCUGUAAGGCGCUCGUCGGCACCGCUGAAGUGCUCCCACCUGACAGCCCCUUCCUCAGAGACUGUCCAGUUACACGGGGCAGGUCCUAGAGACUCCAAAAGGGAGAGCUGCUUUCACGGCUACCAUGUGUCUGUGUUUCUCCCCCUCAUCUGCUGGUGUUCAUUUUGUUCUUGUGACACAAACUACAAAAAACCAAUAAAUGCAUAACUGAGAAGGACAAAGGCUUGGCUCGCCCACCAUGUGGGUGCCUUUGCCAGGGCGUCUGUGCUGUGUGGAUUGUUGGCUGCUUUAUUUUGCUUUGCUUGCCCAGUCUUCCCUCACCCCUCAGCGCCUCCACCUGAGGCCACACCUGUGUUCCCUUGCAUUCAGGCUCUGCUUUAAAGCAAGCCUCUAGGUUGUCGGAGUUUCUGUUUAGGGCAUAACAUCUAGAGCAAUGUUUUUGUGUCUCUCGGGAUUAGAAGAGUUACAUAAAAAUUAAUAAACAUUUUCAAUAAUGGAAAAAUGUGUCUUGUAAUUCUUUGGCCCUUGCUUUCCCUUGUUGAGUGCAUUAGAGAGGGAGCCUCUCGGCCAUGUUUGCUCCCUAAUUGCUUGUCUUGUAUGGUGUCACUUUUUUUCUAGCUGUUUUGAUAUUUGUUAGGUUUGCAGAUGAGUUUGGGGCCUCUGGCAACAUAGACACUAAGGAACAGGGUAAGAAACAAAACAAAUGUUACAAUCAUGUCGCUAGAAUGCAUUUUUCUGUGGAAUUAAAAGUCCUUUCUGCUGCUCACCCCCA